UCAUAUCCAGUUAAUCACAACGUCUGACUGGUCUGAAUUUCUGAAAAUAAUUUAUAGCCAAGGCUUUCCGAUCACAUUGUAACACUUUUUAAUUUACAAUUUAAAACACAGGGAAGUGAAACAAGACAACAAAAACAAAAUUGUCAAACUUGCGACUUCAAAUUAAAAUCAAAAUACAACAACCACAAGUAAAAGUAAAAUGUCUUAUAAUUUGUCGGAGGGUGCCUUAGAGACCAUAAUGAAGGGUGGUAAUUAUGAUGCACCAAUAAUACAAAUGCUGGGUACAAAGAAGAUUCAAGGGAAUGAUGCUGGGGAUAGAUACAGAUUAUUGGUAUCAGAUGGAAAAUAUACAUAUAGUUUUGCAAUGUUAGCCACACAGUUGAAUAUUAUGUUGCUCUCUGGAGAACUUACAGAUUACUCUGUGAUACAAGUUGAUCAGUUUGUUACGACAUUGCUGAAGAAUGUUGGGAAAGGUGAAAAGCGUGUUAUUAUCAUUCUAGCUUUGACCAUUAUAGCAAAUGGUCGAGAUGUUCGUCAUAAGAUAGGUAAUCCACAACCAUGGUCAGAGGAAGCAACAUCAGCUCAACGCCCAGAACCAAAGCCUGCACCAGUAACUCCAAAGUUUACGGCUAAAGUAGAACCAAAAGCUGCUAAUCUCGAUUCCAGUAUGCUCUCGGUUAAAAUGACCAAUCCAAUCUCUAGCCUUAGUCCUUAUCAAAAUAAAUGGGUAAUAAGAGCUCGUGUAAUGUCAAAAACACCUAUAAGAACAUGGAGUAAUGCCAAAGGGGAAGGAAAACUAUUUAGUAUGUAUCUAUGUGAUGAAACUGGAGAAAUUAGAGCCACAGCUUUCAAAAACGAAUGUGACACAUUCUAUGAUAUGAUUCAGGUGGAUAAAGUAUACUACAUAAGUCGGUGUGCAAUCAAAACUGCCAAUAAGAAGUUUACAACAUUGAAGAAUGAUUAUGAGAUGACAUUCACUGCUGAGACUGUCGUGGGUGAAUAUGUUGGAGAUGAGUCUGCUGUGCCAACAGUCCAGUAUGACUUUUUACCGAUCAGCGAGAUUGCUAAUAAAGAAACUGAAACGCUGAUAGAUCUCAUAGGUGUUUGCAAGUCAGCAUCAGAUGUCCAAGAGUUAACAGCUAAAAGUACUGGGAAACUACUUAAGAAAAGAGAAGUGAUGCUAGUUGACGCUUCUGGUGGAGCUGUAACACUAACACUGUGGGGCAAUGAAGCUGAAAAGUUUGAAGGAAACACAAACCCAAUUUUAGCAGUAAAGGGAGCUCGUCUAACUGAAUUCAACGGCAGUAAGUCAUUGUCUUGUUUAUCGAGCACAAUGCUGCGUUUGAACCCCGAUGUACCUGAAGCUCACAAACUAAGAGGCUGGUACGACAACGGAGGGGCAGAUGCCGACAUCGUCAACAUAUCUGCUAAGUCGGGUAACUUCACGGGUGGUUCGAAUGAAUGGAUAUCGUUUUCGGAAGCCGAGAGCCGUCAACUGGGCACCGGUGAGAAAGGCGAUUACUACAGUCUCCUCGGCGUAUUGACGUUUACGUUUUCCGAAAAUGCCGUGUACAAGGCAUGUCCGCAAGAACAGUGCAACAAGAAACUUGUCGAUCAAGAAAAUGGCCUAUUCCGAUGCGAGAAAUGUAAUAGAGAAUAUCCUAAUUACAAACACAGGAUCUUAUUGGCGGCAAACGUCUCAGAUCCUACUGGCGACCAACGUGUCACGCUUUUCAACGAAGCCGCAGAAACAAUGCUGGGCAAGUCCGCCGAAGAAAUCGCACGUCUGUCGGAAUACGACAAGAACGAAUAUAACAAAAUCUUUGACGAAGUGAAAUUCAAAACUUUUGUCUUUAAAUUCCGUACCAAGAUGGAAAAUUUUAAUGAUGAAUCCAGGCUGAAGACGACCGUAGUUAACGUACAACCCGUCGACUAUAAGGACGGUAUUGCCAGACUUCUCAAGAACAUAAAAACGGCCACUGGAGUACAAGUUUAAUAAUUAUAUUCAUAUUUUUUUCAAUUUUUAUUAUUCAAACAAAAAUUAAUAUUGUCAGCUGUUAACGAAACAUUAAACUUCCUGUUCAUUUAAAUUAGAACACAGCCAAAAAAUGUAUAACGUUACGAUUUGAAAUCAUGCCUUAUUACUAAAAUUAUUGUAAAGUGUACGCAACUUAUUAUGAACAUUAUAAUAUACUAAUUGUUAUUUUUAUUAAAAUUAAUGCUAAAAAUAAUAGUAUUCAUUAAAAUAUAACAAAAUUUCGCUCC